AUGGAAAGAGGAAACCAAACAGGAGCUGGACACUUUCUUCUCCUGGGAUUCACAGAGAAGCCUUUCUUCUUUGGGCUAUUUCUGUCCAUGUACCUGGUCACGUUCACUGGGAACCUGCUCCUCAUCCUGGCCGUCAGCUCUGACUCCCACCUCCACACCCCCAUGUACUUCUUCCUGGCCAACCUGUCCUUUGUAGACAUCUGCUUCACCUCCACCACCGUCCCGAAGAUGCUCUGGAACAUCCAGACGCAGAGAAAACUUAUCACCUGUGCAGGCUGCCUCAGCCAGAUAUUUUUUUUCAUCGUGUUUGGAUGCCUGGACAAUUUACUCCUGACCGUGAUGGCCUAUGACCGCUUUGUGGCCAUCUGUCACCCCCUGCACUACAUGGUCAUCAUGAACCCCCAGCUCUGUAGGCUGCUGGCCGUGGGGUCCUGGUGCAUCAGUGUCAUGGGCUCCCUGCUCGAGACUUUGACCCUUUUGAGGCUGUCCUUCUGCACAAACAUGGAAAUCCCACACUUUUUUUGUGAUCUUCCUGAAGUCCUGAAGCUUGCCUGUUCUGACACCUUUGUCAAUACCAUGGUGGUGUAUUUUGUGACUAUUGUCCUAGGUGUUUUUCCUCUCUCUGGGAUCCUCUUUUCUUAUUCUCAGAUUUUCUCCUCCAUCCUGAAAAUUUCAUCAGCCAGGGGCAAGUACAAAGCCUUUUCCACGUGUGGGUCUCACCUCUCGGUGGUCUCCUUGUUCUAUGGCACGGGCCUCGGGGUCUACCUCAGUUCUGCAGCGACUUCAUCCUCUAGGACAAGUCUGGUGGCCUCGGUGAUGUACACGAUUGUCACCCCCAUGCUGAAUCCCUUCAUCUACAGUCUGAGGAACAGGGACAUGAAGGGGGCCCUGGGGAGACUCCUCAGCAGGGCAGUGCCUCUCAGCGUUGGGGGACCAUUACAGGAUUCUCAUGAGUAA